AUGACCGACUACGACCGACGACAGUCUGGUGGAGGCUACGGCUACAAUAGGAAGAGACGCUAUCGAGAUGACGACGAUUAUCAUGAUCGCAGAGGCCCGCGUCGUCGGCUCGACACGGCGCCUCUCCCUGUCCGGAUCCGGAAGCAGAUGCUCACCCUCGCCGAGUCCCCUCUGCGCCGCUGGCAUGAAGAAGUUCAGUCGAUAGCUCAGACUGUGGCGGAUAACUACGACAACGAGGACUUGCGCAACAACUUCAUUAACCUGACCCUCCAAAUCGCAGUGGAACAGCCGCUCAAGACGCCCUUUCUUGCCGCCGUUAUUAUCGUUCUGAACACCUUGAAACCCGAGGCCGUCGAUGAUAUCCUGGGCAAGGUUGCGACGGCGCUGGAAGAGAAGAUCAAGGUUGGCGAUUGGAGGGAUGUCAAGCUCUACCUGAAGCUACUGGCUUGUCUGCAGAGCUGUCUUGCUGGGGAUGGUGUGUUCCCUGUGCUGGAGGAGCUCUUUAGCCGAGCUGUUGAUCUCCAAACUGCAAGCUCUGAUGAUACGAUUGGAACGGAACUGGUAAAGGUCAUUCUUCUGACCCUACCCUAUCUCAUGGCGGCGUCGCCUCCUGGUCAGUGGCAGCAAAAGGCCGCGGAUAUCAUGGAUAAGACCGAUAUUAUCGCGUCUGAGCCCCAUGCGCUGCAGGCUCUUAUUGAUUUCCACUACGCUGGAAACGGCCAAGAAGAUGUGGUGGGCUCAAUGAGUGUUAUUGGCCUGCUCCAGAAGCAACUACAAGCUGAGGCAGCGAACAAUUGGAAACUUGCAUGCCUUCCCCGCCCGUGGAAUCUACCUCUCGAAGAAGUUGAGGCCAGGGAACGACUAGAGAACGCGACGAAGCAUGAUCUCCCACCCAUCUCGGUUCCCUCAACGGUCAUUGCUGGCCCUCGCCCCCUCUUUCCAGAGGUAUACCUCUCUGUCUACGGCAACCAAGAGGUCGAGUCGGUGCCUCCUACAACAGAUAUUGCAGCUUCCCUGAUCCGGGACGGCCUUCUGGAUACGAUCAAUAUCCUAGAUUUCAACCGCAACGUCACUGCUCGGUACCUGAUUGAUUUAGACUGCUACUUCUCGGAGGGCACGUUCGUCAAGAGAGCUACACCCUUUGAUCGUCUGCGGGAUAUUGAACCGACAAAGUCGACCUGGAAGCCGGAAGACGUGGCUGUGGAUACAGUGUUCUCCCAGCUCCUCCAGCUUCCCGCCCCUGAGCAUAAGCUAGUCUACUACCAUUCGGUGCUGACCGAGGCAUGUAAAAUUGCCCCAGCCGCCAUUGCGCCUAGUCUUGGAAGGGCGAUCCGAUAUCUCUACAGGAAUACCGCGAGUAUGGAUGCUGAACUUGGUUACCGUUUCGUUGAUUGGUUCGCACAUCACCUGAGCAACUUCGGUUUCACAUGGAAGUGGACGGAGUGGGAGGAGGACGUGUCAUUGCCCUCCUUGGAUCCCUGCAAGGCCUUCAUCGUCGGCGCUCUUGACAAGGAGAUCCGCCUCAGCUUUGCUCAGAGGAUCAAGGGCACCUUGCCCCCGGCGUAUCAGUCCCUGAUUGGUCCUGAGAAGGAGAAGGAUGUUCCUGAUUUCAAGUUUAACAACCCUGACACUCCCUUCUCUGCAGAGGGUCAAGAGAUUGCCACCCUUCUCAAGCGUAAAUCCCCAGAUGAGGAUUUCCAACCGAUCAUUGAGCGAAUCCACUCGACGGCGCUUGAUAACGGAGUUGACCCCCUCGUCGCAAGCACCGAUGUGUUCAUGACGGCCGUUUGCUGGGUCGGUUCGAAGUCUCUGUCUCACGUCCUUGCGUGCAUAGACCGUACCAAGGGCCGGCUAGUUGACGUCGGUGCUGCUUCAGAGGGCGCUCGUGCCCAGAUCAUCACCUCCGUCAUGAACUAUUGGCAGGCCCACCCAGGCGUAGCGGUCUCCAUCAUCGAGAAACUUCUCAACUACUCGAUCCUGACACCCCUGUCCGUCAUCCACUGGGCCCUCAUCGGCACCAGUCAUGCCGGAGGCAAGCGCACCGGCGACGUUCUCGCCAAGUGGCACAUCUUCGAGCUCGUCUUCAACACCGUUGCCAAAGUCACGGGUAGAGUCCGCGACGUGGCCCGCGGCAAUCCUGAUGCCGAAACCCAAUCGGACGAGGUUAAGGCCAUGCGGGAGCUUUUCCGGGCCCUUGAGGACGCUCUGAUCGGUUGGUCAACUGGCACGAAUGGCGAGGCGACGGAUGGUGAUUCGCAGACUUAUGUGCGGGAUUGGGCGGAGAGGUGGCUGAGGGUGUUUAGGAGGAAGUCGGCGAUUGAGGAGAGCUUCUUGCAGGAGGCUGCGAAGGCGGCUCCCGUUGAGGCGGUUGAUGCCUAA